AUGGACUGGAAAUUCAGACCAGAUUGGGAUCCUGCCCUUGAGAUACGGCAAGUGGGAAUAGCCCAUGAGGGAAAUUACACCUGUGAAGUAGUAGCAACAGAAGGCAAUUUCCACAAGACGUACCACUUGACCAUGCUGG